AUGGUAUCGCGAGACCCUGUGAGGUAUAUCGCAGGCUCUGAAGUCUCACGAUGGUACCUCGAGGAUACCUCUGAGGAUUUUGAGCGAAAUGAGAGAGACUCUAGUAGCUCCGAGAUGGCUCAGGAAAAGGUAUGCCGGAGGUCUCACGAUGGACACAUUAUGGGGCCUUCACGAUCCAUUUUGAAAGGUACCUUUGUGGAAAAAUUAUGGUACUUUCUCGAUUCGCCUGUGUCUAGCCUUUACCCAAACCCUUCUACGUCGCCAACCAGAUCGUUCCGAUUUCAAGACUUUUCUUCUCGAACUCUUUCUAGCGUCCGAGAAAAUGACUUUAAGAGAUACAGCUGUCACCGAAAAUCACGUUUUUUACUGCCCAUAUUCCUUUCAAGUUAAAUAAGAAACGUAAAAAUAGGUCAUUUUGGGGCUUUGAGCCUUAACUUCUCGAAAACUAGGAAGUUAUGCAGGUGGAGGUUUUCGGGAUCAUUUUCUUUCAUAGUCAAUUUUUCCCGAGCUGAAAGGCGAGAUAGGUAGAUUGGCAAGGGUGACGCGGCUUUUCAGCGGGGAAACUCGAAAAAAAAUUUUAUUAUUUGUAUACUUACAUUUUUCCAGCUUUUUCAAAACGAUAACAAAUAAAAAGAAAUUGAAAAACUGUCAAAAAAGGGGAAUAAAAAGUGGUUUGAUCUCGAGUUUCCCGCCGGAUAGCCGCGUCGCGUACGCAACGCAUCGCCCUUGCCAAUUUUCUCAUUUCGCCUUUCAAGUCGGAAAAGCGGACUAUAUUGGAUUCUUGAACCAGAGAAAGGGAGGUUCUUGCGUGUGACCCGAUCGCCUCGCCUUUAUCAUCCGUCUAUCAUCCGUCGUGCGUCGCGUGCUAUCGCGUCCCUCAGAUUUGCAUAGGCAAUCGGUCGCCGUCCAUAUAUAUUUGUCGACGACCGGGCCAGUCUCCACUUCUUCCUCUUCCCUUCCGUCAACCCUUACUUCUCCUACCGACGUCGUCGCACUUCUUCUGAAGCCGUUUUUCUGUUCGCCUAGGUAACCCCUAAGCGUCACCCGCGUUCGGCCUGUUUCCGUGAGUCAUUUUUCAUUAUAUGGGUGUCUCUUGAAAAAGUCAUUGUCAUCCUGUCCUUGAAAAACCUCCACUUUCGUUCUCAUAAUGCUCGGGCUACUGUAUAUAUUUUUUGUUUUUGCUCACAUUAUUUCAAAAAAUUCUAAGAACUACUAAAUUUUCAACCAACUUAUUGAUUUUAAACUAUUAGGAAAUCAUCAAACAGCACUAAAAUCGAUCGGUUCUUAUUUAUUUAUCACGAGUUUACCUCCGAUUUUUCCACAUUUUUUGUACAUUCUGUUCUGGUUUUGCCAAAAAUAGUAUGGUUAAAAAAUCCGGAAGUUUUGACAAAAUUCCAUAUCAAUUGACUUGAAAACUUAUCAUUCUACUGACUAGUUAACCCCAAAAAAAGCCGAAACCUACUGAAACCCACUGAUUUUUCACGAACGACCCUAGAACCACCCGCCUCAGAUCCUCAGAAACCUCCGAAGUGAAUCGAUCUUUCGUUACCGAGGUCCCUGGACGUUUUUCUUUGCUUUUGAACAUCUUAUCUCUCUGAUGGUUUAGAAUCCAACACUGAGUCUCCAGAAUUCGCUUCUAGUAAAAUUCCAAUUUUCCCUUGAUUACAGGUCUCUGAACCCACCCCCACUGACAAUCUUGGCUCGCUCGGACUUCCACCGCUACUUCGCCUCGAACAACGACGAUUUCGGCUAGCGAGGUGGGUGACCUACGUUUCAAGCUUGUAUCAAAUACAACAAUGGAUAAAUAAAUAUGUUGCAGUAGUGUUUUUUCUGCAGUAAAAAAAAAUUGUGAGUUCAAUGGAAAGGCGCUUGCCAAGUUUAUUUUUCGUUGAAAGUUCUGGAAUUGAGUUUACUCCCGGAUCCGAACUCUCAACAUUUUUAUCCACCCUUAGCCAAUCGAUCAAGAAGAAAUCUGCGCUCAAAAGGCCAGAAAAUUGUAAAAGAAAACUGAAAUCUUAUAAGAAAAGGCCAGUCCAGGAUCCGAACCCUCAACCUUUUUAUCCACUAUCAAGGCUCUUAGCCACUUGACCAACAAAAAAUCUACACUCACAAGGCGGAACUUAUGUCGUAAUUAGUAAAAGAAAACUGAAGCCAUAAGGUGUUAGAAGACUGUCUUUCUCAAGGAGAAAAACCAAGUUUCUAAAAUGAUCCGCUCAAAAAAUUCACUCCUGGAUCCGAUCCCUCAACCCUCGUAUCUACAACCAAGCUGCCUAGCCACUUGACCACGAGAUGGUUUCAGGUCGUGCGACGAGCAUCGACCCUUUGAUUGUCGGCACGUUGUCGGAAUUAGUGCUUUAGACGCCCCGCACAAUGGCGUCAGUUGUCGUGGUCGCUUCUGGAGCCGCUUUGGCCAUUACCGUUCCAUUCUUGGCCCUCAAGGAACUACUUGAGAAGAGGUGGGAGUGUCUACUGGAGUGAUUACUUGAAAUUAUUCGAUUUAUAGGACCCAAAACAACAUCCAGAAACAUCUCGGCCGGAGACGAACUUGCCGUGAGCUUUCAAAAAAAUUUUAUUGUACCUUUUCCACUUCAAAUCUAACGAACUUCGGUAACUUCAGAUUCUCGAAACCUAAAAAAAAGAUGAACGACAGAAAAAAUCAAGUUCAAAAAAGAUAAUGAGCUCAGGAACGCCAGAGUGGUCCCUAUGAGGGUUUAGAGGGAACAUCAGCCCCUAAAGGGGACAAAAAAGUGUCCCCUAUAAAGGUAAAACUUGAGCGGUCCCUAAAGGGGUCUGUAAAGCGGUCACUAGAGGGGAGCCUUCAAAAGCCCAAAGGUUGCCCCUAUAGAGACCACUCUGGAGUUACGUAAAAUAUUCAAAAUUAAGAAACUUUUCCGUUUUAAGUAUUGUUUCAUUCACAACUAUUUUUUUUUCUUCCAUUUUUGGAUCUAAAGUUUUGAAGUUACCAGUGCGAUUUCAAGUGGAUCAAGCUUUUACAUUUUUAUCAUAAAUCAAUAAAUCAAUAAAUCAAUAAAUUAUAGAUUGUUCGAUAAAUCGGUGUUCCACCUUUCAUCCUUCUUUUACCCCGAUAGAUUUUUGAAAGACCCUUCCUAUUUGUCUAAGCAUAAGACCCAAAGAACACCUCUCCAAGUGAUCACUUAAGGUGUGUCGUUCGGCAGCAUCGAGGACGAGCUGCAGUACAUGCAGCACGAGAAGAAGCUGCAGAUGACGCGGAACGCCGCCGUCGACAGCGACGACGACGUCUCGUCCGUCGGCAGCGCCCCGCCGCUCUACGACGACCUCUUCCAUCCGCCGCCGCCGUCCUACCAACGUUAGUCCUUGGGGACUUUUCUUGCUUGAAACUUCAGAAACUUCUCAAACACCUCCAAAAUGACUCUCAAUGUACUAUAUUGAAAUCCUGACAGUCUCAACCUUCAAAACUGCUUAGUUUCUCAAAAAUCAAUGCAUAAAAUUUUCAAAUUACUUAUUUUUACUGAUUCUGAUGCUUGAUUUUAACUUCGAAACAACUUUUCUUUGUUCAAAUUUCCGAAAAUUCAUUUUUUUAGUAUCAAAUAAAUAAUAGUCAAUCUCCUUAAGGCCAUCCUCCCCUUUAAAAAAUUCAGACCGAUCCAAAUAAUUAAAAAAAGACCUUCUAAGCUCUCAAGAAGCCUAAAAAUGCUCCAGAUUAUUUUUCUUGAAAAAUCAAAAAACCAAUGUUCCAGACCACGACGGACGCCUCGGCAAGAAAUGA